UAGCCCAACGAAGCAGCUUUCUGCCUAUCUACGCUUUAAUUCUCAAGCAUCCCCUUCCUGUCACCUGUUACACCAUUAAUUCCCAUCACUUCUCAAGCAUUUACAACCUUCAAUCUCAAAAAAACAUGAGACCAAAGAUAUAUCUUUUUGGUGACUCCAUCACUGAAUACUCUUUUGCUGAAGGUGGAUGGGGUGCUGCUCUUACCAAUCAUUUUUCUCGCAGGGUUGAUGUGGUGUUGAGAGGGUUUAGUGGGUACAAUACGAGGUGGGCUUUGAAGGUGAUAGACAAGGCGUUUCCUCCGGCAUCGGCGGCUGGCAGUGGCGGCGACGAAGCAGAGGCAGAGGCACCAUUGGCUGUGACGGUGUUCUUUGGUGCAAAUGAUGCUUGUCUUCCUGAUCAAUAUGGUGCCUUCCAACACGUGCCUGUUGAUGAGUAUAAGCAGAAUCUUCGCUCCAUCUUUUCCUUUUUCAAGAGACGAUGGCCUAAGACUCAUGUUGUGCUGAUCACACCUCCACCCAUUGAUGAAGCUGCACGCCUAUUGAACCCAUAUGGUGAGAUCAAGCUGGGCUUGCCCGAGAGGACAAAUGAAGCGGCUGGCAGUUAUGCCAUAGCUUGUCUUUCUGUUGCAUCCGAAUGUCAAACACCAGCUAUAGAUCUUUGGACCAAAAUGCAGCAAAUUCCUGGCUGGCAAACUGCUUUCCUAUGUGAUGGUUUACACCUUACUGAGCGGGGCAACAGGAUUGUUUUUGAAGAAGUCGUUGCAAAGUUCGAGGAACAAGGCUUGAGGCUGGAAACUCUGCCAGCUGACUUUCCACUCUUUACAGACAUUGAUCCAAAUGAUCCCCUUAAAGCUUUUGAAACUUGAAUUUAGCAGAACCUUCUGCCCCUGUGCGUUUUAUUUCAUCAUGCUAGUUAUAGAGUAUGAGGUCUAAAGCAACAAACAUAUACAUAUCUUCAUAAAUAUUAUACUCUUUAUCAUGAUCAUGAGGAAG